AUGGCAAGUGCUGCCGAUAACUGGGUCAAAAAGGCGGAGGGAGGAUCAGGAAAUUUCUGCACUCGCCCGGCGGAUGCAAGUUUGCUAAUUAAACUUAUUCGCAAAGGUCUAGUAGAAUCAAAGCUGGAUCUGGGGGUGAAGGAUCCUUCUUCGCCGCGAUACUUGGUUAAAACUUUCGAAGCUUUGCACAUGAAUUCGGAACUGCUUCAGGGAGUCUAUGCUAUGGGUUUCAACGCUCCUUCCAAGAUUCAGAAGACGGCUCAACCUACUCUGUUGGCCGAUCCGCCACAGAACAUAAUCGCCCAGAGUUGGUCGGGAACAAGAAAAACCACUGCCUUCGUGCUGGCAAUGCUCAAUCGAGUCGAUCCGUUGAAAAACUAUCCGCAGGUGAUUUGCCUUUCCCCACGUAUGAACUGGCAAUUCAGAAGGGGAAAGUAG